UUAUUUCUGUGGGGGAGUGCGCUGUGUGUUUUGCUGCGUCCUCCGCUCGGCUUUUCCCAGAGGUGUCCACGCGGAAGCCAACUGCUAAGGGGAGGCACGGCGUCGAGCCGAGCUAGUCUGAGGAAACCGCCGCCGCCUCAGCCGCGCGCGCGGGCCCGUCCAGGGCGUUAGUUCGUCGGCGCGCAGUCGCGGGCCUCGGGCCGCGUCCCCAGGGCCAUGAGUUACGGCCGCCCGCCUCCCGAUGUGGAGGGCAUGACCUCCCUCAAGGUGGACAACCUGACCUACCGCACCUCGCCCGACACCCUGAGGCGAGUCUUCGAGAAGUACGGGCGCGUCGGCGACGUGUACAUCCCGCGGGAUCGCUACACCAAGGAGUCCCGCGGCUUCGCCUUCGUCCGCUUCCACGACAAGCGCGACGCCGAGGACGCCAUGGACGCCAUGGACGGGGCCGUGCUGGACGGCCGCGAGCUGCGGGUGCAGAUGGCGCGCUACGGCCGCCCCCCGGACUCGCACCACAGCCGCCGCGGCCCGCCACCCCGCAGGUACGGGGGCGGCGGCUACGGACGCCGGAGCCGCAGCCCGAGGCGGCGUCGCCGCAGCCGCUCCCGGAGUCGGAGCCGCUCCCGGUCCCGGAGCCGGUCUCGCUACAGCCGCUCCAAGUCCCGGUCCCGCACCCGGUCGAGGUCGCGGUCGACGUCCAAGUCCAGGUCGGCGCGCAGGUCCAAGUCCAAGUCGUCGUCGGUCUCCCGAUCGCGCUCGCGCUCCAGGUCCCGGUCCCGGUCGAGGAGCCCGCCCCCCGUGUCCAAGAGGGAGUCCAAGUCCAGGUCGCGAUCCAAGAGUCCCCCCAAGUCUCCGGAAGAGGAAGGAGCGGUGUCCUCUUAAGCAAAUGAUGUGUCCACGAGCAACAUAACAGAGGACUUGGGGGAAAAGGACCCACACACUCAGUCCAUUGAAGAGCCCUUGGAGCAAGCAACUGGCUAUUGAAAAGGUUAUUUUGUAACAUUUUGUCUAACUUUUUACUUGUUUUAAAGCUUUGCCUCAGGUGGCAAACUUCAUUUUAUGUGCCAUUUUGUUGCUGUUAUUCAAAUUUCUUGUAAUUUAGUGAGGUGAACGACUUCAGAUUUCAUUAUUGGCUUGGAUAUUUGAGGUAAAAUUUCCUUUUUGUUUAUAUAGUGCUGACUUUUUUUGUUUGAAAUUAAACAGAUUGGUAACCUAAUUUGUGGCCUCCUGACUUUUAAGGAAACGUGUGCAGCCAUUACGCACAGCCUAAAGCUGUCAAGAGAUUGACUCAACAUUGCCUUCAUUCAUUAAAAUUAAAAACCUUCAAAAGUUGGUGUAAAUUUGUUUGUAUAUGUUAUUUACUUUCAGAUCUAAAUGGUAAUCUGAACCCAAAUUUGUAUAAAGACUUUUCAGGUGAAAAGACUUGAUUUUUUUUUUGCAAGGAUUGUUUACCAAACACAAUUCUAAUCUCUUCUCUUAUGUAUUUUUGUGCACUAGGCGCAGUUGUGUAGCAGUUGAGUAAUGCUGGUUAGCUGUUAAGGUGGCGUGUUGCAGUGCAGAGUGCUUGGCUGUUUCCUGUUUUCUCCUGAUUGCUCCUGUGUAAAGAUGCCUUGUCGUGCAGAAACAAAUGGCUGUCCAGUUUAUUAAAAUGCCUGACAACUGCACUUCCAGUCACCCGGGCCUUGCAUAUAAAUAACGGAGCAUACAGUGAGCACAUCUAGCUGAUGAUAAAUACACCUUUUUUUUUUUCUCUCCCCUAAAAAUGGUAAAUCUGAUCAUCUUCAUGUAUGAACUUAAAAUAUGGAAAAUGUUAAGGAAGCAAAUGGUUUGUAACUUUGUAAGUACUUUAUAACAUGGUGUAUCUUUUUGCUCAUUAUUGAAUAUUCUGUAUUAUGACCAUUGUUGCUGUAGUUUAAUUAAAACGUUUUCUUGGUGUUAGCUUUUCUCAGAA